ACAUAAACCUAAUCGAUAAUAAUAAGUGAGAGUUAUAAUCUAAGUUUUGUGUAAGUAACUGUCAGAAUAUAUAUCUAAUAUUUUCAACUUCUUGUGAGUUAAAAUGGCAAACGAAGAAGAAACGCCUACAAAAAUGAUUACUAUUACUGAUUCUUCGAAGAUUUACGAAGAUAUGUCCGCCUUCUACCAGAAAGAGACGUUUUCUGAUAUAAAGUUUAUCUUAUCUGAGAAAAAAAUCCCCGCACACAAAAUAGUUCUCGCUGCCAGAUGCAAAUUUUUUGAAUCUAUUUUAAUGCAAGACCCCAAACAAUCGGAGAUGAUUUUAACAGAUGUUCCUCCAAAAGCUUUCGAAGUAGUACUGAAUUAUAUUUAUACUGGAUCUGUUUUUAUCAAAUUAUCCUAUGAAGACGACGUAUUCGACGUAUUGCAACUGGCACAUAAAUACUCGCUAAAACCAUUAGAAAACAUAAUAAAUAAAACAAUGACAAGUAUGAUUAAUACGUCCAACGUUUGUUUAUUUUUAAACAAAGCCGACGAACUCGGGAUGGAUGAAUUAAAACAAGUUUGUCUUACCUUUAUUGACAACCAUCUUUCAGAAAUAAGGGGAAACAAAUUUCUGAACCUUCUAACACAAACAUCCAUGGUUAAACUGCUGGAGAGAGAUUCCUUUCCCGCCCUCGAAAUCGAGGUUUUUGAAAUAGCAGCAAGCUGGUGCAAAACCAACGCUGAUUUUAACAAUUUAGUUACUGGAUGUGUUCAGUUGACUAAAUUAACGCCAGACGAAAUUUUGAAUGUUGUUUGGCCCUCUAAAGUAAUAGACAGCGAUAGAUUAUUGAAUGCUCUCGCAUACAUCAAAAAUAAGAGUUCAAAUACGGUACCACGAAAAAUGACACAAUUAAAAAAUAAAAAUAUUGCUAUAGCAGCAUAUAAUACUACAGUAAUUUCUGGGUUAAAUACGGCAAUGUUACUAGAAGGAACUGAAGAGGAGGAAGAAGGUGCUUACCACGACGAAAAUGAUAAAAAUGGUAUUACUUUAGACUUAGGUUCGAAAAAAUCCUUCAAUCACAUUAAAAUGAAGAUAUUAGGAAAAUAUUAUUCCUCUUACUACCUAGAAACUUCACAUAACCAAAAAAAGUGGCACAAACUUAUUGAUUACAGUCAAUAUUCGUGUAGUCAUGAACAGAAUUUGUAUUUUGAUGGAGUACAACAAGCUAGAUACAUUCGAGCAGUCUUUUCAAAGCAAAUUUCUCUUGGUAAAUUUGAAGUUUCCUUCGACAGCAAAAUUCCUGAAGUACACAAACAAAUUAUAUAUCCACUAUCAAACGUUGUAUCUUCUGAAACCAAAAUAUUUGUGGGGCACAAACGUCGUGAUAUCUUCACUACAAUAACGCUCAUUUUAAAUCAGCCAUACAUGAUUUCGUACAUGACAGUUUUGUUACGAUUUUAUGUAUUUAUUGAUGGAAUAGAAACAUCUACGGAUUAUGCAAACUGGCAGACACUUGAAAGCGUGACAAAUGAAAAAGAUACCAGCCGUCGUCAUAUUUUACGUUUUAAGGAAAGAAUAGUCAAUUCCAUUAAAAUUACUGGCCAACUUUCUUCUGAUAAGACAUGGAAAAACUUUAAAGAGUUUUUGGAAGAUUUUGAGUGCUUUUAUGUAAGAGACGACGAAAACUAGUUCCCAGCAUUCCGUUUUUAUAGAUUUAUAAUUAAAUUUGAUCUUGUGACCUAAAAUACAAACUGAUGUAACAUAAAUUUUUCAAAUAAACUAAUGUCACUUCGAAAAUUUUUUAAUGAAUAGCAAAUUUUGGAUAUUUUGUUAUUAUUAUUUUAGAAGGUAUCACGCUUAUUUAAUGGAUUAUACAUAGAUUUCGUAUUUAUUAGGUUUCGUAAGUUGAUAUUCGUAGAUAGAAUUGAAGUUCUUGUGUCUUAUUAUAUUUAUGCAUGUAAGUUUACUCCUAUGUAUGUAGAGUUAUAUUUUAAUAUAAGAAUUAAAAUGU